UUUGUUUUUCUUUUUUGGGUCUCGUUAGCCAUAGUGCUGAAUUGGCCAGCAGAACCCAUGCAGGAUGUGUUGUUUCACUAGAAUACAACUUUGGCUGGCUUUGCUGGUUCUUGUCAUUGCUUUCCAUAAUGGCAGCAUUGCAAAUGGGUGGCAUUCAGCCUUCCCUGGCUCCACAAAAGGAGGCAGAGGUACAUAUGACCUGUACUUUGGCAGUUCUGGUGUAGAUGAGCCAUACGAGGCAGGGACUGCUCAAGUAAGACCUAGCCAGAGUGGGACUUACUACUCUAGUGCAGCUGUUGGCAGUUCACAGGCCACACAUGCAGGAUCUUUCCAAAUGUCAGGGGGCAGGUCCGAACUGUUCUCUCCCUUCAGGCCAGCCCAGACUGCGUCUUCCCCUGUUUGGAGCAGGUAUCGGCCAUCCCAGGUAGGACCCAGCCGAAGGACUGGAUACCAGAGCUACCAGCAAACCUCUGGGUCGCCGCAUACUACAUACCACCCUGUACAGAGCACCUACCGGUCAUCCAUGGGCAACUGGAAACCACAAGCUGUAUCUAGACCAGUGGGGAGUACCCAAGAACAAGCAUCUCCAGCCAAGCCAGCCCAGAGGAGUUCCAACCCUGGCAGUCAGAACUGGCAGUCUCCAUCGGUGUCUAGUGGUCAUCCAUAUGCUGAACCUGAGCAAAAUGGGCAAACCUCCAGACCAGCACAGGGUAACUACCAGCACUCCCAGACUCGAUUUACACAAAGCUCUGAGGCCCAACACAGUGAUGGCACCAGGAAACCAGCAGCUGCUGCUGCUAAGCCAGUCCAGAGAUGGCGCUCUCCUUCAGUGUCUCCAUAUGCUAAGCCUGAGCAAAACAGGCAGACCUCCAGACCAGCACAGGGUAACUACCAGCACUCCCAGACUAGAUUUACACAAAGCCCUGAGGCCCAACACAGUGAUGGCACCAGGAAACCAGCAGCUGCUGCUGCUAAGCCACUCCAGAGAUGGCGCUCUCCUUCAGUGUCUCCAUAUGCUAAGCCUGAGCAAAACAGGCAGACCUCCAGACCAGCACAGGGUAACUACCAGCACUCCCAGACUAGAUUUACACAAAGCCCUGAGGCCCAACACAGUGAUGGCACCAGGAAACCAACAGCAGCUGCUGCUAAGCCACUCCAGAGAUGGCGCUCUCCUUCAAUGUCUCCACAUGCUAAGCCUGAGCAAAACAGGCAGACCUCCAGACCAGCACAGGGUAACUACCAGCACUCCCAGACUAGAUUUCCAGCCAGUUCUGUGGCCCAACACGCUGGUGGCACCAGGAAACCAACAGCUCCUAAGCCAGUCCAGAGUGGCUCAAGGCCUGAGGUUACGUCUCAGUCUGACAGAAUUCAUGGGCCAUCAUAUCCAGUCCAGAGCAGUCAACAAGGUCAUGCUCAGACUAGGGGCUAAAGGUUUGGAGAAUGCAGUGUUUGAAUGAAGAUGUUCCUUGAAAUGCAGCUUCAAUAAAUGUCUGCUUUAUAAUA